UGUCGCCUCUUCUCUUCCCAGCAUUUCAUUCUUGUGCUUUUCCUAUUUCUUUCCCGCCAGCGUUUCGGCCGUCUCGUUAGUCCCAGGAAUUACCGGCUUCUUAUCCCAUUUCGACCAUCUCAGGUUUCAACUCUGGUUUGUCUUCAGUUCUACAUUGAUGACCUAUAUAUCUUGGAGAAUCUGCGAUGUUUCAAUAAUAGAUAAGGGGAACGACGACUGAGUUACUUGUGAGGUUUUGGAUCCAUGUCUUCAUCUCUACCAGUUCUUCCUACACCUCUAGAAGAGAAGUAUCCCAAAUUGCCAAAUUCUUUUCAGGUUUCUGCAGAAAUGAAAAUGAUGACAAAUCCGAUUUCUCCACAAGCACAUCCAUUGGCGUCCAACAAUGGAACUGUUGGCUACAUGCUUUCAUCAGAUUUUGUUUUCCCUAAAGAUAUCAAUUUAUCAUCAUUUUCUUCUAAUAGUAGCAGUUCCCAAAAUUCUUUGUUCAUUCCUCAGUCAUCAACAAAUGGAGUAUCUUUACCACCAAUCAGUUCUUCUGGCAUAGAAAUACAAUCUACACCAUCAGUUACUUUCUCCCGAGAGAGGAAAGAAAAUUCCUGGUGUACAGAUUCACUUAAGGAUUUUCUUGAUUUUCCAGAAAAUGUUCCUAUCCAGAAUAAUAAUCAGGUAGAAGGCAGUGGUGGUGGCAUGUCAUAUGAGGACUGUGCUAAGACAACUGAUUGGCCGGAUUGGGCAGAUCAGUUUCUUAACGAUGAUGAUUCUUUGGAGCCUAAUUGGAAUGGGCUUCUCAUUGAUGUUGAUGUACCAGAUCCUGAGCCAAAGGUACUGAAACCAUCUUCCUCUGUCUUGACACACCAGUCUGAAAUCUGUCAGCACCAUCCAGCACAAUCUGGAAAAAUUUCUGCCAUUCCCAACUCUUUGUCCCCUGCACCCUCAUCCAAGUCUCGCAUGCGCUGGACACCAGAAAUGCAUGAGGCCUUUGUGGAGGCUGUCAAACAGCUUGGUGGCAGUGAACGGGCGACUCCAAAGGGAAUCUUGAAGCUUAUGAAUGUUGAAGGUCUGACCAUCUAUCAUGUAAAAAGCCAUCUGCAGAAAUACAGAACAGCCAGAUACAAACCAAAGCUGUCAGAAGGAACUUCAGACAAAAAUUUAACUCCAAUUGGAGAAAUUACUUCGCUAGACUUAAAAAUGAGCAUGGGAAUCACCGAAGCAUUGCGGCUGCAAAUGGAAGUUCAAAAGCAGCUCCACGAACAACUUGAGAUUCAGAGAAAUUUGCAGUUGCGAAUUGAAGAGCAGGCAAAGCACCUUCAAAUGAUGUUUGAGAAACAGGAAAAGAUGGAAGACAAGAAGUUGAAGGUCUCUUCAUCCAUCCCAGAUGAACCCUCUUCUCCAAUAUCAAAUGUGAUGCAGCCUUCCCCUGUCAAUCACACAUCAAAAGUCUCAGAGCAGCCUCAUGUUGCAUCAGGAUUUGAUGCUGAAGAAAGUUCUCAGAAUGUGGAACAGAAGCAAAAGGCACCUAAAACCAGCAGUUGCGAGUUUAUUAACCAAGAUAAUGGCAUGUCCAGUACCCCACCCACAAAGCGAGCAAGAGCAGAAAACUUUUUGAGCUCAUGAAGUAUAUUUUAAUAACCAGCAAAUGCACUGCUUUCUUGGAACCUUGAGUUUCUGGAAAUUGAGCUUUUCUGAUUCCAUUUGGUUUGAGAAAGGCGAAAAGAAAAAAGAAAAAAGAGAAAAAGGGAAAGUAAAACGAUUUUAUGGGCUUGUCUUCUUCAUUCCAAAGAAGCAAAGCACUCCAGUUUUGGUUAUGUUCAUCGGUUACCUGGUUUAUAACCUCCAACAGCAGGUAAAUUUUCAUUAAGAGCUGCUGCUAAGUGAUGCAUUUUCUGUAUAUAUAUGCUUGUGAGAUAUACGUUCUGAGGAAUUUUAAGUCUACUCUAAUAAUGUUACCAUCCCAUGAUGACAAUUAUAAUGGGUUGGUUAUGUUGCAGCUAGAUGGAGAAUGUAUAUAAAAUAAUCUUCACUCCUUGUACA